UAAUGGUUUUCCGUGGAUUGCUGCAUGGUCUCCUGUGGGAGCAGUAACUCCUGCUCUUAUAUGAAUCUGCUGCUGAAGCACGACUGUUUCAGAUGUUUCUCCAGUGCCAAUGGAUGUCGUCGGACUACAAUCUUAAAGAUCUGGAUAAAAGAGAAACUUCAUGUGUGAUUAAUCGGAGAAAGGAAGAUGCUGAAGAAAAAUCGCUUGCAUUCUUUGGGAAUAAUGGCUGUGUGUCUGCUGCUGCUGCUGCUGCUGCUGCUGAUGCUGUUUGGUUGUGUGAGGGCCUCGUCUCCUCGUCUGGCUCUAGAGAAGAGUCUCGUCUGGCCGUCCAAAGACAUACAGUGUGUGCACCUGCUCAAACACCUGCAGAACAGGGCCCGCGUCACCGUCCAGAUGCCACCCAACAUCCAGGGGCACUGGGUCUCCACCAGCUGUGAGGUGCGUCCCGGUCCGGAGUUCCUCACUCGCUCGUACCGUUUCUUCCACAACAACACGUUUAAGGCGCUUCAGUUCUACUACGCAGACAACCACUGCUCCACGCCGAGCUACAGUGUGCAGGUGCGGGGCCGUCUGCGUCUGCGCCAGCCGUCCUGGAUCGUCCGAGGCGGCACCGAGGCCGACUAUCAGAUCCACAGCAUGCGUCUGGUGUGUCACUCAGCGUCUGCGGCCCGAGAGCUCGGCUGCGCUUCUUGGCAGCCCAACAUCAGCUAUGAGCUGUGGAGCGGCUGCGGCUGCGUCUGCGCACUGAACGUCUCCAUGCACGAGCUGCAGCUGCUGCGGCUGGAGAAGCAGUAUCUGCAUCACAGUCUGGAUCAGCUGCUGGAGGAGCUUUACCUGGGAGACAUUCACACCGAAGCGGCGCAGAGGAUGCUCUACAGACCCUCCAGCUACCAGCCCGCGCUGCAGAACACACAGAAUCAGGAUCUCAGCUGCGUGGUCUGUCGAAUCAUCUCUCGCUCUGACGAGCUUCAUCCGCCGGUUCUCCCGCCGCGGCCCGAGCUGACGGUGACCCUGAGGGGCCAGUGGGCUUCCCGCCGCUGCGAGGUCCGGCCCGAGGUCCUGUUCCUCACGCGACACUUCAUCUUCCACGACAGCAACCACACCUGGGAGGGUCACUACUAUCACUACUCUGACCCGGCCUGCAGACACCCCACCUUCAGCCUGUUCGCCCGCGGACGCUACAGCCGCGGCCUGCGCUCCACACGCGUCAUGGGCGGCACUGAGUUUGAGUUCAGAGUGAACCACAUGCGUGUGACGGCGAUGGAUCUGGCGACCACGUCUCUGCUGAAUGUGUUCAAAGGGAGCGGCUGCGGUGUUCAGGGUUCGUGGCAGGUGGGCGUGGAGCAGGACGUCACUCCGACCAAUGGCUGCGCGGCGCUGGGGCUCCGCCUCCCGCACACAGAGUAUGAGCUCUUCCGAUUGGAGCGUGACGCCGGCGGACAAUUCCUGCUGUUUAACGGCCAGCGGCCCAGCGACGGCUCCAGCCCCGACCGACCCGACAGACGGCCCACGUCCUACCAGACACCGCUGGUGCAGUGCUCCGCCGCUGGAGGUCAGAGGUCAGAGGUCAGCGCCGCGCAGAGCCUCGACAACCUGGCAACCACAGCGGCAGCGGCGGCGGUUUGGAGUUUGUGGGUUUCUGAGACGUAAAAGCGAUCAGAUGUUUCUGACCCAGAAUGCACUUGAGUUGUCCGUCAGACGGAUGAAUGCACAACAGGAACUGCACUUUACGAGAACGAAGCCCGACGCUUUCGCGCCUGAUGGGACUUUACAUCCUAAAACAUGCCUGUAAAUCAGAUUCGAAGGAAAAAUCACCCAGAAAUAAAGAUUCUGUCAUUAUUUAGUCACUUUCUGUACAAUAACAGAAACAACAGUUCAUACAGCCCAGGGCCUUCAUCUA